GUGGGACUGUUGGGUACUUUCCAGCCUUUGCUGGAAAGGUGAAGUGAAAGCAGGGGCUUUUCUUCCUGGGGAAAGGAGUCUGUGGGGAUCCAAACGGCCCAGGCAUGCUGGAGGGGGCAGAGGGGGUUUCUGUGCCCAUCACGGGUGGGAACAACACACAGGUCCUCCUAGGAUGUGGGUACAACAGCAGCUGUGAGGCUGUUACAGCUGAAGGGUUUCAAGUGCGUGCUGUUACUGUGUUCUGGAAUUUCAGCCCUUAGCAGAUCUUCCACGCAGCCACGGUUUCGCUCACGUAAAAGUAAAUUCACGUACAAAGGUGGUUUAGACAAGAGGUUGGGAGAAAGCAGAAAUAAAAGUAGUGGUGGGGUGGAGCUUUUUGCAGCACUGAAGGGGUCUCUGUGGUGCACCAAGGGUAAAAGUGCUUGGGUGGGCAGCGGGCUGCUCUAUGCAGAGCCACAUCUUCCCAUAUAAGGAUGAGCUUUGGGAGGGGAAAAUGGGAAAGGCAACAGCUCAUGUAGCCAGGACAGGCUCUGUGCCUGCCCCAAAUCUGGCUCAGCUCCUUUCGCUGGAAAGGCACUUUUAGGGUAUCCCAGCUCUGCACCAACAGAGAUGCUGGGAGCCACUAACCCUGCACAUCUGGGGGCUGCCCUGGCUCUGUCUCCCUGCACCCGGUGGCUGCCCGCCAUGGGGACAGCAUGAAGCUGUGGGAUGUGGAAAACAAGCUUGACCUGGGAACCAAACACAAACACAAUCGCUGUCACGGCAACUGUCUCCAAAUGCACGGAGAGACCAAUUAUUUCCAUUAAGAAAUAAUGAAGAAGCUGCAGAAGAGACUCAUAAUGCAGAUGAGGUUUGGAUGCUGAGGGGAGGGAGGAGCCCUGGGAACGCUCAGUUGUCAGGGAACACUGUGAUGUUUUCCAUGGUGGAGGAUAACGACUGGCAUCCCUGUGCAGCCAACGUGAGGCUGGAGUGUGAGCCAGGCCAGUGCUGAGUGACGCUAAUGAAGCGGUGUCAGUGUGUGCUGGGGGGAGCUGAGUAAUGUUCCCUGCUCCCCUGGGACUGCUGCAGCACGUCAGCCUGCCCCGGUGUUAGGAGCUGUCUGACACUGUGAAACCCUGCCAGGGCAUCUCCUGUGUCUGCUGGGAGCCAGCCUCUGCUGUGCGGUGCUGGCUGCCGUAGGGGGUGAGGAUGUCCAAGCAGGACUUGAAGGCACCCUUUACCGUGUCGUGCCACCUGUGCCACAGAGAGCUGAACAGGAUUUCCUCUGACACAAAAGUCUUCUGCAGUUUGUGCAAAACCAGGUUAGAGACAGAGCAAAAUUCUGAGGAGAAUGUGAGGAUUUUGAAGGAGUAUAGAGAUGCGAUGGAGGUAGAGUCCAGCACAUACACAGACUUCAUUUCCUGCGACAGGGCUGGCCGGAGGAAUGCUGUCCAUGACAUCCAGAGGGAUGCAAACACCAUCAGCAUGCGCAAGCUGACCAAGGACAUCAGCGAGCUCGGCGUGGAAGGGGCAGAGAGUGAAGAAGCCAGCACCUCUUCUGAGUGCGACCCUGCAGCAAGACCUAAGGAGCAAGAAAGCAAACCCUCCCCGUGAGAGUGCACAGAGGGUGGGAUGGGGCAGCAGGAGGGGCUUACUGUGAAUGUUAAACAAGAAUUUGUUAUUAAAUCUGUGGACAAAAGCCAACCAGGACCAGCGAGAUGUCUGUCACAUGCCUCUGCUGCAGCUGUUUUGUUUCAAGAACUGCAAGAUACUGCACAAGGACUGGCACCUCCAAAAGACUUCUGCUCCCAUCCCUCAUGACUUAGAGCAACACUGCAGUGUUUGUAGUGAUAUGAGCCAUCCUCAAGAUGCCUUAGCUGCAAUUUUCCCCUAUGGGAAAAAACUAUUUCAGUAAUAAUAUACACUUUCCUGUCCAAGGUACCUUCCCACUUUGCAAAUUUAGACUAUUAUUUAUUCUGUUUCCAUAGGUUAGAGGUUUAGACAAUUGUUUUCUCCACACACUGCCCUCAUCCUGCAUCUCACCCCUGAGCUGGCCUCCGGACCAGGGCGGGCAGCAGCAGGGACCAGCCAGCCCUGCACCCAUGGCCAGACCCAUGCAGCCCCGGGAAGGACCAAAGCACAGCCCCGUGUGGACGAGCUCCACUGACAGACCCAGCAGCAUCAGCCACAGGCAUCUUUUCCUUUGGGUUUUAGCAUUUUAAGGUAUUGUUAAGGGGAGGGGAGAAACAUUUUGCUGUUUUGACUGUUGAAAUUCAGGCUUAACUUUGCAAGCUGUUAGCUGAGAUUAUCUCUGGUAGGAUCUCACACCAUUCUUUUAGGAGAUAUGUUUUGUGUUAAAGAUGGUUUGAUAAAACUAUAUAAGCUGUUGGAAUAAACAACACAGCCUUUAAGUA